GCCUAGAUAGUCUCAGACAGUCUCAGACCAACAACGGCAGAACCGCACACCGUUUCCAUGAACUUUUUGAUUGUUGCCGUCACCGAACUAUACGGGUGAGCUCCUGCAAUACAUAUCAGCAGUUCUCUCUUGUCGCCGACAUAGUAUCGGAUCACCAAGCAUCAACAACGCAUCAAGCAGGUUCGAUUCCAUUGCUUUGAUUCUGCAAUACAGUAGACUAGGUAAGACAAUGAACCACAACAACCAGCUCCAAGUGCAGAGGGAGGAGACGAGCUCUGGGGUGAAGUAUUACUACAGCGGCAAAUGGAUUACGGAAGAAGAGGUUUAUGUGGAGGCCCUGGCAAAGGAGUUUCGCGAUGGGACCCUCGAGAUCCCAAAUGAGACGAGCCUAAGGACCUUCCUGUCGGACAAGCUCCAGUGCAGGGCCAAGCGCAUCACCAAGAAGUUCGAAAACACGGGUUACAGAGGUGCUCAGUCCUUCAAGCGCAACCUGCAUAUGUCCGAACAAGAGAGGAAGACCCGGUUGAAGGCUCUGGCUGCCCUCGAAGACAAAAUGCACGAGAGUCGAAGCCUCACCCUGUUUUGUCAGGAUAAGGCAAACACCAAGAAGAAGGCAAAGGCACAGGCGUCGUCGAAGGACACCAAGAAGAAGAAGAAGACCGCGUCCACGAAGGCUACCGGUCUAGAUACCGUUAGUACGUCUGAUCCCGCCGUUUCUGCUCCUGGUGCGGUUGCUGCUCCUGCUGCUGCGGCUCCUACUGUGGCAUUGGAAGCGGUUCCUUCAGCUCCGGUGGUACAGCAAGGUGCUUUCAGGAGGACAUCGAGUCCUUCUUCAUUGUCCCAACUCUCCAUGCAUCACCACCAAGGUCUCAGUCGCCCUGAUCUCGCUGCUUCUGUGGCGGCUUCGCUUGGAGUGGCUCGUCCAACUGUCACUCCACCAGUCCAACAAGACAUUGCUGUUGAGAUCUCGAACAAUCACGCUGCCAUCCUGGCUCAGAUCUCCAGUGCUCGUCGUGCCACCAUUCUUAACAAUGAAUUCCGCCAACAGCGAGCAAAUACCAUCAUUGCCCAGCAGCAGGCAAGGCUUCAGCUCCAACAGCAAGCUUCGUAUUCGCAGUCUCCUUUGCUCCGACGGCUUCAGGGGCAGCCAAGCCUUGACGCAGGCCUGUCCGAUUUGCUAAACUCCCAGUUUGUUCUCAACACCAGUAGUGGACGAUCUACCCUUGCUGCUCCUGCCCGCGCUGGUUCUCUCCACAGCGCCUUGCUUGCACCAGCUAGUAGUAGUACCAUUGGGAACCAGUUCGUGCUCAACCGCACUAAUCAGGAUUCGAUUCUAGAAAGCCGUGCUCUGGCCGCUCUUUGUUCCGAGGUCGCCACUACACACCUUCAACACGAACGACUCAAGCGCCUCUUGCAAGCUUCCAACAGUCCGACAUCAUGGGAGGAUGCACAGCAGGGCGCACCCAAACGAUCGAGAAGCUUCUAAACCUUCAAUAGUAAGAUGGUAUCGUAUGACGUGCAUGCACAAGCGACCGAGACCAUUUGUCCUCGUCCUCUAAAGAAACCAAUACGUACAUGGACUUACAUUUUAUAAAUAGUAUCAUACACAUC